AUGAGCAGGAGCCACAGUCCAGUCCAGUUCGUUCUCGACGAGGAGCGAUCCGGUCCCUCCAGCUCCGACACAGAGUCGCUGCUCGGCCGAGCACACUCUCCCUAUCCGCCCCUCGCCCACCGCUACCCGCCAGCCAGCGCAGAGCCGCCGAGCGACGACCACGACCCCGACACGGCCGGCGAGAAGAGCGCCGACCACGGCCGAGGCCGCCCACGACCGCCCUCGCACGUCGCAGUGCAGAUCCCGACCCGCGAGCAGGUCCUCGAGGUCCAGCGGCAUCCUCGGCAAAGGCCGCGGUACCUCCCGCAGGUCGUCGCCGGCCUCCUCGCCCUCCUGGCCGGCGGCUGGAUCCUCACCUAUGUUGCCAGCCUGUCGACCCGGUUCGGCGGCCAAGCGCCAAAGCUCCAGGUCAUCCUCAUGAUCAGCGACGGCAUGGGUCCCGCGAGCGAGACGAUGGCGCGCUCCUACGUUCAGUACCUGUACUCGACCAACUCGUCUGUCUCGGGCACCUCUCGACCGCUGCUCAACGAGACGGCCUACGCCGACCUCGCGAGCGGGUACCGCGGCCGCGACAACGCUUCUGGGCUCCUCCCUCUCGACGACAUUCUCGUCGGCACGUCCAGGACUCGGUCGUCCAAUUCCCUCAUCACCGACUCGGCCGCCGGCGCGACCGCCUUCGCCUGCAUGCUCAAGACGUACAACGGCGGCAUCGGUAUCACGCCGUCGCGCACGCCGUGCGGCACCAUCCUCGAAGCCGCCAAGCGUCAAGGUUUCUCGACCGGCAUCGUCGCCACCUCGCGCCUGACGCACGCGACGCCGGCCAGCUUCUACGCCCACGUCCCGGACCGCGAUCUCGAGAGCGACAUUGCGCGGUUCCUCGUCGGCGAGGCCCGCACCGGGCUCAAGAACCUGCCGGUCGACAUCGCGCUCGGCGGCGGCGCGUGCUUCUUCCGCCCGAACGGCACGAGCUCGAGCUGCAGGACCGAUGACGAGGACCUGCUUGAAGCGGCCAAGGGCAAGGGCGUCAAGGUCCUCGAGGGCAUGGCGGCGCUGCGGGCGUUCAGGGAGGAGGACGCGCAGGACGCGCCGGUGCUGGGGCUCUUUGCCGACGACCACAUGGCGUACGAGAUCGACCGGCAAGUCGCGACGACGCUCACCGACGAGCAGCCGAGCUUGCGCGAGAUGACGACGCAAGCUCUGCGUUACCUCGGCGAGCGUGGCUCGCGUGGCAAGGGCUUCCUGCUCGUCGUCGAGGGCAGCCGUAUCGACAUGGCAGGGCACAACAACGACCCGGUCGCGCACAUCUCGGACAUGCUCGCGUAUCAGCAGACGGUCGCCUACGUCAAGCGGUGGGUCGAGCAGCAGAACGAGCUCGGUACGCCGACGAUGCUCGUCAGCGUCAGCGACCACGAGACGGGCGGGCUCGCGCUCGGGCGGCAGUUGGGCGAGGAGUAUCCCGAGUACCUGUGGUAUCCCGACGUCCUCUUCCAGGCCACGCGCUCGACCUCGUACCUCGGCGAGCUGUUCGUCUCGCGCUACCCGGCCGCAACUCGCGAGUGGGUCGUGUCGGAGCUGUUCGACAAGGGUCUCGGCAUCAUCGACCCGGCGAGGUGGGAGGUGGACGAGGUGUGGACAGAGAGGGCGGACGCGUAUCGGGCGAAUCGGGCUUUGGCAGACGCGAUCUCGCGCAGGGCGCAGGUCGGAUGGUCGACGGCGGGGCACUCGGGCGUCGACGUCAACCUGUACUCGUUCGGCUACAACUCGACGGGCUUGUCGGGCAACGUCGACAACACGGACGUGGGGCUGCACAUCGCUGCGACGAUGGGGCUCGUGCCCGACGUCGUCACCAUCGAGCUCAACAAGGGCGGCGCGAGCUGGUACAACGCGACGGCGGGCCACAGCACGAGUCGGACGAGCGGGCUGUCGCACUACCAGGGCGACUUCUGAGCGUGUACCAGGGCCGAGCAGGGGCGCGUUGCAACGAGUGUAUGCGUCUCUCGCUC